AAUAAAUAAAUAGAAUUCAGUUUAGGAUUAGCGAGUAACACUCGCGAUCUUAAUUUUAUGUUUGGGAAUUUCAAUUCACAGAACGACAAUAAGAACAAUAAUCAGAGCUCAAAUGGGAAGCGAUAUGGAGAGACAUGAUGAAGAAGAAGAAGAAUCGGUGAGCGAAAUCUUGCGAGAUCGAUUCCGACUGAGCACAAUCUCCAUUGCCGAAGCCGAAGGGAAGAAAAAUGGCAUGCAAAUUUCUGAACCUAUUGUGGCCUGCGUCUCGGAUUUAGCCUUCAAAUAUGCCCAGCAAUUAGCAAAGGAUCUUGAGUUAUUCGCUCAGCAUGCUGGUCGCAAGUCUGUGAAUAUGGAAGAUGUCAUACUUUCUGCACAUCGUAAUGAUCAUCUGGCUGCCUCAUUAAGGUCCAUAUCCAAUGAACUAAAAGCAAAAGAGCCCCAGUCUGAGAGAAAGAGGAAGAAGAAUACGAGAAAGGAAGACAAAUCUAAUGCAGAUGUACACUAAAUUGCUGAUCCAUAACUCGAAAAUUUAUGGACAUGGUAGACUCCAUGUUUCUGGUCUGAUAAUCAUUUGAAGCUUAUAAAGCCUUUGCACCUUUAUUUAUAAACUUAAUCACAAAACUGUAGCUACUCAGGAAUCGGGAUGUACCUAUAGUUUUAUAUCUACAAGGAAGGGGGUAUAGUUCUUCUACGUCAUCUUCUAUUACCCGAUAAGUUAUACGGUGGUUGUGACACUUUUAGAAGGUGAUUACGACUUUUUUAGAAGUAUGUAUUUGUUAGCAUUGAGUGAAUUGUAAAACAACCUAGCUAGACGUAAAACGGUAUUACAGUUUUCAUUUGAUCUCUAAAGUUAACAUUUCUAAA